CAGGUAGUUGGGAAGAGAUCGGAGACAAGUGUGGCAAGCCGUGGAGGACGUAACCUUCUUCCCCGGUCUCUCAGAGAAGUAGCACCUCGGGGAUGAUGAGCUACUACGUGGACACGACCAUCGGCAGCGCAGCCCCUUAUCCCUUGGCUCGCCCUGGAGUCGUGAAGCAAGGUGCUGCCAGCUCCUAUGAAGAUCCUUGGAUGACCUGUGGGUUUCAAUCCACCUGCUACCAGCAGAGGACAUGCUACCCAGGCUGGGAUGAGUCUGCCAUUCAGGAAGUGCCCACCGGCUUGGAGCACUACAGCACAGAUAUGGAAUGUGCGGACGUGCCUUUGUUAACCCCCAGCAGCAAAGAAAUGAUGUCUCAGGCGCUGAAGGCCACCUUCAGUGGCUUUGCAAAAGAGCAGCAGCGGCUGGGAAUCCCCAAAGAUCCCCAGCAAUGGACGGAGACGCACGUGCGGGACUGGGUGAUGUGGGCGGUGAACGAGUUUAGCCUCAAGGGUGUGGAUUUCCAGAAGUUCUGCAUGAACGGAGCUGCUCUCUGCGCCCUGGGCAAGGAGUGCUUCCUGGAGCUAGCGCCUGACUUUGUGGGAGAUAUCCUCUGGGAACACUUGGAGAUCCUGCAGAAAGAAGAGGUGAAACCGUACCCAGCAAACGGAGUGAACGCAGCAUAUCCAGAAUCCCGCUAUACUUCCGACUACUUCAUUAGUUAUGGCAUCGAGCACGCGCAGUGCGUGCCUCCCUCAGAGUUCUCCGAGCCCAGCUUCAUCACCGAGUCCUACCAGACCCUCCAUCCCAUCAGCUCCGAAGAGCUCCUGUCCCUCAAGUACGAGAACGACUAUCCCUCAGUCAUCCUGCGGGACCCUGUCCAGACAGAAUCCCUGCAGACAGACUACUUCACGAUCAAGCAAGAAGUGGUAACGCCAGAUAACAUGUGCAUGGGCCGUGCCAGUCGAGGUAAACUGGGCGGCCAGGACUCCUUUGAGAGCAUAGAGAGCUACGACAGCUGCGACCGCCUGACGCAGUCCUGGAGCAGCCAGUCCUCCUUCCAGAGCCUCCAGCGCGUCCCCUCCUACGACAGCUUUGACUCGGAGGACUACCCCGCCGCCUUGCCCAACCACAAGCCCAAGGGCACCUUCAAGGACUAUGUUCGCGAUCGGGCCGAUAUGAACAAAGACAAGCCCGUCAUUCCUGCUGCGGCCCUGGCUGGCUACACAGGCAGUGGACCCAUCCAACUGUGGCAAUUCCUGCUGGAACUGCUCACUGACAAGUCCUGUCAGUCCUUCAUCAGCUGGACGGGCGAUGGCUGGGAAUUCAAGCUUUCCGACCCGGAUGAGGUGGCCAGGCGGUGGGGCAAGCGGAAAAACAAGCCCAAGAUGAACUACGAGAAGCUGAGCCGCGGCCUGCGCUACUACUACGACAAGAACAUCAUCCACAAGACGGCCGGGAAGCGCUACGUCUACCGCUUCGUCUGCGACCUGCAGAGCCUGCUGGGCUACACGCCCGAGGAGCUCCACGCCAUGCUGGACGUCAAGCCGGACGCCGACGAGUGAAGCCGGCCAGCCGUCGCCUCGUGUCGUUCCGGAGAGUCGGCGGGACUUUUUUUUUUUCUUUUUUUUUUUGGGGGGGGUGUCCUUUUCUUUCCGAUUUUUUUUUUUCCGAUUUUUUUUUUUUGAUUUUUUUUAAACUCAGAUUUGAUGCUUUGAGGCUAUUGGGAGAGAGGGUGGCAGAAGAGUCAAAACUUUUGCCUAGAACGAAAAAUAAGUUUGGUUUGAGGGAGAGAUGGGCUUUUUUUUUUUUUUUUUUUUUCUGGAAAACUCCAAGACAGGCUUUUUUUGGGAUGAAAUUCUGAGUUUUAAAGAAGCCAGAAAAAUGUAGCUCACUUUAAAAAAACAAACCGGAAAAAAAAGAAAUCCCAAACCCUCCCCAUCCCUUGCCGUUUUGAACAAAUAUUAACAAUCGGAUCCCUUCGGUUAUUCUGUUUUUAGCACAACAAACUGACAGUUCAGGAAAUGAUGAUGUUCCUAGAGAUUUGAGAAUUUUAAACUUUUUUCAGGGGGAGGGAUAGGGAAAUCAAAGUGAGUGAAACUUCCUGUUUUGGAGAGAGGCAAUACAGAAGAAGAAGAACCAUUUGCGUUCUUGUUGCGCUGCCUUUCUGUCAAUGGUCUUCUUUUCCACAAAAGACAGGUUUUUUUUUGUUUUGUUUUUUUUUGUUUUUUUUGCUAGGAGGGAUCAAGACUUUUUUUUUAUAUAAUUUGUUAAAAUUUUAUUUUAUUAAAUUUUGUGCCAGUAUUUUUUUUAAAUAGUCUUAAGCUCUAAGAUGGUCUCAGUAUUGCAAUAUUGUGUGUGUUCGUUUCUGUUAUGCCGGCAGAGAGUUUUAUCACGGUGAGGAAAAAAAAAAAAAAAGAAAAAAUCAGUUUAUGUAGACCCCACUGGAGCAGGGCUUUAUGACUCAUGAGCUCUGAAUCAUAUGUAAAGGAAAAUCAGUCCAAACUGGCUACUAGGGAUGCUGGCUGGGUGUGCCGCUCUCGCCUGGCGUCCCGUAUGCUUUGCUCUGUCGUUUGCUGAUAAAGCUGGUUGAAAUUUCCGAAAGCGCUUUUUUUUUUUUCCCUCGUUGUUGCUGUUAAAAAUAGUCCUUUUUUUUUUUUUUCCCCUGACAUCUGCAUUUUGUGCACAAAACGGCUUUCCAAAGUGUGUCAACAGGCGCGUUGAAAACGUCAUUCACAUUUUCCAAAUGGGAAUAUUUGUAUUUUAUUUUUUUUGGGGGGCGGGGGGAGGAGGAACACUUUGGUGUUUUGCAGGGCUUGUUUUGAGGGGCGAAGGGAGGAAAAAAGCGAGGAAUCUCCACAUUUUUACCGCAGCAAAUGGAAAUUAUACGAGUCAGCGUUACAUGUUUGAACCAAAAGUCCCUUUUUUCGGGGCGGGAGGGGAGGAACGAGCUGGCCGGGGGCGAGCUGCGGGCGCGGGGAGCAGGCAGGUUUCCCUAAGGGAAGUUGGGCUUUCCGAGCCUGGCGCCGGAGGAGAAGAGGAUAGGAGGGAGGGGAAAGGAGCACGCGCCAAAGUUGGGGAGGGGGGAAAAAAAAAGGGAAAAGCUGCCUGCCGGCGAGGCAAAACUUCCCCCGGCCCCGGCGGCGCUGGGGGCGGGCGAGCGGCGCGCGGCGGGGGGGCUCUUCGUACACUGGAAAUUUGCCGAUUUGUUUGCUUUGGGUGGGGGGGGGGGCGGAUUGCUGCUUGCUUUUUUAUUUUAUUUUAUUAUUUUUUUUUGGUGGCGGCUCUGGGCCGGUUCGUUCGGGCGGCGCGGCCGUCGCCCUCGGCGGGUCCUCGCCGCGCUCGGAUUUUAAUUUCGGCUCGUUCGCGCGCCGAGGGGUUUGGUGAGUCGCUCUCGCUGGGUUGUUCGCUGGCCCGUAUAUUUUUAGGCGAAUUUCCCAAACGGGCCCGUUUCGAAGAUCAGGGGAAGGAAUAUUUUGUGCCAAAAGCAAGUGGGCGGAAGCAGUGGGUUUUUUUUUGUUUUUUUUUUUUUUUUUUUUAAGCAGAUGCUUAAAAUUCACUAAAGCUUUCGCUCUCUUCUGUUCCCCAAGCAGCAUCUUCUCCAAGAGCCGGUCCCAAUAAGCACCUAAAAACUGCGGCUGCCGCGGGAAACCUCUGCGCUUUCCCACCCUCGCUCUUGCCGAGGGGUUUUUCUUUGGAGCUCGGUUGCUUUUUCCCUUGCAAACGGCGCCGGCUUGGGUUGCCUGGCGCGCUCUGCUCUCCGGUAGGGUCUACGUACCGUUCGAGCUGUGGUCUACAUUCCAAAGAGGUUUUUAAAGAAAUGAUAAAUCUAUGUAUACGUAUAUGUUAUAACGGAAUAUCUCCAGGAAUUAACUGCCUCAGUGUAAAAAAAAAAAAAAAAAAAAAAAAUUAAUGUCUUUUUGUUCUGUUCUGUUUUUACACAUGGAUUUUUUUUUUAAGCUGAUAAAACAUAGAAGAGGAAAAAAAAAGAGAUUGUUAUAUUGUGCUGUUUGACUAUUUUCCAACUUGUAUUUUCAUAUAAUUUAUAUUUUUUAAAAGUGGAAAAAAAUUUUAAAAGCAAGAUUAAAAAAAAAAAGGAAAAAGCAGGUGCUUUUUAAAAAAACUGAGCUGAGGUAGCUUAGAGAUGUAGCGACGUGUGUGUGUGUCCGUGUGUUGUGUUUUUGUUCUUUUUUUUUUUUUUAAAGAAUACAAAAAAAAAAUCCCUCCUACAUUGAAUCCUUAACGAGGAAGGGGAUUGUUCUUGUUUUAAUUGCUGAUGCUGGCACAUCAUUUUGCUGGAGAGUUUUUUAUAUACUGUAGCCUUAUUUCAUAUCGUAUUUUAAACCAUGUGAAAUUAAAAGAAGAAUAAUUCCUA